UGGAGGCCAGGCGAGCGGUGAAAUACCGUCGGGUAGGAAGUGACGGGACUGCGUGAGCUGCAGAGGGAGAGAGAGAGAGGGGGGACAAAAAGAAGAUAUCAACACAAAGCAGAAUGAGAAGCAACGUGCGAUCAUCGGACUGCUGGCUUUAGCGCAGGGGGGGAGAGCCCAAGUGCGCAUGAGCUUAUCAACAACGCCGGAGCGAGAGACUUUCAAUGGAAGUGAGUCAGGCUCCCAGAAGUGAAAAGCGGAGAUUUCAGUGAGGGGAUUGUCGUCUGAUCUCCAUGACCGCGCUUGUUAUUCUUCUGGAAAGUGCUGGCACACAGGGGACCAUAUGGGACCGCGACCUGUAAACUGGAACCCCGCUCUGAGUAUGAAGGGAAAGACUCCACGAAAGAAAUCCGUGAGAGUGGUCGAGGGGAUAUGAGCGCAGAUCUUUGGAUUUCGCCUCAGUUUUUCUUUUCCUCUGUCGGGUUCAGUUUUGCGUCUUCGGGGAUGUUCGCGAGUCGCAUCCCUGCGGCUUCGGUUCGGAUACUGACCCGCCUGUGCGCCCUGGUGCUGGUCGUGGCUGUGGGUCUCGGCGCGGAGCUGCGUGUCCGGGUCCGGCUCUCUGACGGACUGGUGACCGAGGAGGUGUUGGAGGCGGACAGCGAGAGAGACGCGAUAUCGCUCGAGUUCAAGCAGGGCGACGGGACCCUCGUCACGUUUGUGGCGGACUUCAAACAGGAUGUGAAGAUAUUCCGAGCGCUGAUCCUGGGCGAGCUGGAAAGAGGGCAGAACCAGUACCAGGCCCUGUGCUUCAUCUCACGCCUCGGCCGCAAUGAGAUCAUCCCCAGCGAGUCCAUGGCGCGUCUCAGACAGAAAAAUCCUCAGGCCAUUCGCUUGGCCGACGAACGGAGAGGACUGGAGCAGCUGACGAUGAGCGCGGCGGUCAAUCUGAGUCGGGCCUGGCAACUCAGCUCCCACAUCCACAACAUGUGCAGCGAGGCCCGGGAGGCCAUCUACACCAGGGAGGCCGAUGUCAAACACUGGCUGGACAAAGGAGUGGAUGGCUCCAUAUUCGAGGCCCUGCCCCAAACAACAGAGGCAACCAGCUUUCUGGCCUGCCACUCUACUAAAGACUUGUGGCAGCCCUGUCUCUGCACAUACAGCCUGCGUCUGGAGUGGUACCCAUGUCUGCUGAAGUACUGCCGCAGCCGGGACACCACGGGCAAAGGCUCGAGCUACAAGUGUGGCAUAAAGAGCUGCAGCAAGGGUUACCAUUUCACCUACUACGUUCCUCAGAAACAGCUGUGUCUAUGGGAUGAGGAGACUUAGCAGUUUGUUCUGGAUGGCUAAGAAAAGACAAAUACAUUUUUUCCCAGCCAAGCCAACGCUUCUCCACCCAUGCUAUUCAAAGUAAACACAGCAACACUGGACCUCCAUUUAUAUGAUGGUAAGUGAAGCUGUCUCAGGUGGGGAGUGCUGAGAUCCAGAUGUUCAAGCUGAAACAGAAACAAAUUCAGGUUCCAAUUGAGACCAAACCUUAAAGGAGGGAGAGAUGCAGCACGUCUUUCGAGGAGGACCCACUAACUUCAAGCCUUUUCUGGGAAAAUGACAUAUCUUUGUCAGCUAUAAUGUGACUUUGCCAAGAAGCUGUCACUUUUGUGCCUUUUUUUUAAGGAGAAAUUAUUGGAGCAGAUGACAGACGCCAACAACAAUAACCUCUCAAACAAACUAAAACAUGCACAAAGCUUGGACAGUGCAUUUUUGGGCGAUUGAACCCUGGCAGAUCAGAGGAGUCAAACAAACAUAAUCUUCCAUUCUGGUGAAGGAAAAUUUGGAUGGUGGAUUGCUCUGUCUUAUAAAGCUCUGUGAAAAACAGUUUAUGGCCAGCUGAACACAUGUUUGUGACAAUGUAAGCUGGCUGACAAAGAAAACGCUUCUCUAAUGCUGGCUUUAUUUAUUUUUGGUUGCAAAGUGAAAUUAUGGAGGACUAUUUUUGUGUCUUACUCUUGUUCAACAUAACCUCAUCAGUUUUCUUUCCUUUUUGCAUUAAACAAGCCCUCAAAGUCACACGUCUGAACCACAGGUCCUCAGUAACAAGAAGUAUUCAAGCACAUUACAGAACAGUUUAACCUCUUGGGUUUUGGAUGUGGUUUCUAGGCUCAACCAUACUAUACAGAGUGUGUGGAAAAACAAGUGUAUCGUCUUCUUUAGGACAGUUUUGGUUCUGUUUUUCCCGUCAGUACCCACAGGGGGUUCCUCAUGCCCACCAAUUACAUUCUCAUUAUGUUUAAAAGUGUCAAAUAAGCCAAAGUCAAAGGAAAUGCUGUAAAAAGAAGGGUGCAAUGUUUCAGUUUCCAGAAACAGGCUCUUCAGUAUGGCGUUUUUCAAUGUUAGGGUUCACUAAAACUGCAGUAUGGCCUUUUUAAUAAUCUAUACUGCCCUCUUGUGGUCAAAUAGUGUAGAUGUUCUGUUGUAUUCCAGUGACAGAAGCCUGGUUUUUGGUUUCUGGUUAUGUAUGUCAUCAAUUAAAUGUUUAUAAUUUAUGCAUCUUAUAUCCCGGCUCAUAUUUCAUGCGUAAUUCAAGGAGCACUUCUUGAACUUGUGGGACCAAAUUAAAUUUUUUCUGUCUGUUCUUCAGAGUAAUAGGUUGACGUAUAAUUUUGGUUCGUCUUACCUCCAUCUUCACUUCAGCCUUUACUGCCAUAUCAAAUGUUCAUGUUGUGUGUGUCGGUGUUUUCAGCUAACUAAGGAACCAAAUGAGUGAAACAUUUCUAUUUGUGGCCUUUUCCGGUGAUCAAGUGCCUUAACAUUUCCACUGAUAUCUUUGAGAUGUAAUUGUAGAUUUAAGUUUGUAAACAUAUUUUUUCUAUGAAAGAGUUCUGAAUAUGUUGUAAAAAGUUGCCAUAAGGAGAAAAUGAAGCAAUUAGGUUAUGUACCAUUUAAGAGCUGUGUUUUACAGGAAUUGUUUCAAUAAAGUCUUUCUUUGCACUGCA